AUGAAUAAUAUUCGUCUCCAAGCUCGAAGCGCGAGAAUCGUAACCGAGCGCGAUCAAACUCCUAGCUGGAAUCCUUUCCUACGAGGUAGAAGAUGGGCCGACAAUGGCUUCGAGAUGAAUUGUCAUGCAAGGAAGGAUGAGGAGUCUGGAAGAGCAGAAAGUGAUACGCAUGCUACACCUUCACGUGUGGAACCAGCUCAUAGGCUCUCGGAUCCAGAAUUCGCUAAGCUCAGCCUUGGUAUUGAGUCUUUAUUCACCGCAAUGAACUUGGAUGAGGAGCCCAUACAUUCAAUAUCCGCUGGUAACUUAGGUGUUGAGGGGGUCGCGGGCUCUAGCCUCGGAGCGCAUCCCCGGCAUCGCUUUCAACGUCCCUCUUCUAUCCCCGAAGACAACCCAAAGUGUGAAAGUAACAAAGCAAACGAACAUGCGACGAGACGCACAUCACCAUAUAGAGAUUUGAUGAAACAAAUAGUUGCAAUUUUCUGCUCAUCAUGGCUAUCACUUCUUCUCCCAUUUAUCCCCGCGGGAUUCGCUGCAAAUUAUGCUAAUUUACCACCUAUCGUCAGCUUCAUACUAAACUUCAUUGCUAUCUUCCCAAGUGCUUCGAUUGUCGGUAUGGCUAUGGAUGAGGUGAUGUUACGUUUUGGAAAUACAGUGGGAGGAUUAAUCUACAUGACUUUUGGAAACAUCGUACAACUCGUAACCUCGAUUCUUCUUCUCAAGACUCGACAAGUGGAGAUUUUGAAAACUUCACUCCUGGGGGGAAUUCUGGGUGGAGUCUUGUUGAUAAUGGGCGCGAGUUAUUUCGCAGGUGGCAUUGAUCGACUAGAGCAGUCUUUCAAUGUCAGCUCGGCAAGUUAUGUCGCUAAUUUCUUGACGUUGUCUGUGGCUAGCUUGAUCAUCCCGACGGCAUCUCAUGUUUUUGCUAAUUCGACCCCGGAGCAUAUUGCUGCGCAGUCUAGAGGGACUUCGCUUGUUUUGUUGUUUGUAUAUGGUGUCUAUCUAUUCUUUCAACUGAAAACACAUUCAUAUGUCUUUAAUCCAGAAGCUAGCUUGUACAUCAAAAACACACCAAAAUCGACUGUCAAAGACGUCACAGAGGGCACGAGCACCAGAAGCGAGCAUUCUCCAUCAGCCGUUUAUUCCACAGGCGAAGAUAUAGAGCCUCAUCUCUCUAUGCCGGUCGGUGUCACCACCCUCGUUUUCGGAACAGUCAUUCUCGCCUUCAACACUACCUUCGCCGUUGACAGUAUCGAUGGUCUAACAGCACAUCACGCCUCACCCAGUUUCAUCGGUCUAAUCCUUCUCCCUUUUCUCAACAAUGAUUUCCUGCCCAUUACCUGUGCACGAAUGGAUAAACUAGACUUGAGCAUCAUGGCAUCGGCGGGCAAAUCUCUUCAGACGUCACUACUCAUCACGCCUCUGAUUGUGAUUAUUGCGUGGAUCUGGGGGAUAGAUGAUAUGGGUUUGUUGUUUGAUGGGUUUCAGGUGGCUUCUCUAUUUAUGGCUGUGUUGCUGUUUAAUUUUCUGAUUGCAGGUGGAAAGAGUAAUUAUUUACAAGGUGUAUUGCUACUUUCGAUCUAUGUAAUGAUAGCUAUAGCUGCUUGGUAUAAUUGA